CUCGGUUCAAGGUCAUUGAGGCGAAACAGCGGGCGAUUUGGAGAGUGUUUUGCCAUUUUAUCGUGGCUCAACGGACAUUGCGCAUCACUUAUAAUGUUACCAUCUAGGUUCAAAAAGUUGUGCACCUGUUUUACUUCGUAUCAAGAUAUUCCAGCAAUUCUCCUACUAAUAGUACUAUAUGUUUUUCAGGGCAUUUCUAUUGGCAUUUCUGCUGCGAUUCCAUUUCUUCUUCAAUCCAAUUACCGUGCCGGUGGCUAUAAUUUACAAGCAACAUUUUCAAUAUCAGCCUGGCCUCAUGCUAUGAAACUUCUCUGGGCUCCAAUAGUUGAUUCAAUUUACGUCAAUUUUAUUGGAAGACGGAAGACUUGGCUCAUAAUAACUCAGUAUGCAAUUGGAAUUGAGUUAAUUGUGCUAGCAAGUCUUAUCGAUGAUUUGUUUGGACGAGACCCUAACAAAGCAUAUAGUCAGUUAGGAUCACAUCAUCCAGUUGCUAUAAUACCCUUAACUAUAGCAUUUUUCGUACUUACAUUUCUGACAGCUACACAAGAUGUUGCGGUUGAUGGCUGGGCCUUGACAUUGCUAUCGAAGAAGAAUGUUGGUUUGGCUUCUACUUGUAAUAAAGUUGGACAGAGCCUUGGUUAUGCGUUAUCAUUUAUUCUCUUAGUUUGCUUAGAGUCUCCUGAUAUUCCUAACAAAUAUCUUAGACGAACGCCUAUAGCAGACAAAGGAUUAAUAACAUUUUCUGGUUUUCUCUAUGCAUGGGGUUUCGGUUUCAUGAUAUUUAAUACAGUUUUGGUAAUAUUUAAACAUGAAAAAGGCUCGAAAUUGGAUGGGAUUAUACGUCACUUCGUAAAAAGUCGUUUAUUCAGUAAAUCGAAAUACUCGACGCACUCAUUGAACAGUGAGCAGACGGCAAAUAAAAACGAACAAACGGACGGAAGUGAAAAAGUCUCAUUACUUAAUACAUAUAAGACUAUUAUUGGUGUUAUCCAACUGAAACCUGUCGCGUUGUAUUUGGUAUUGUUAGUUUCAGCAAAGGUAUGUGCUUUUGGUACAUAUAGAGCAACAAGUUUAAAGAUAAUCGAACAUGGUUUUUCUAGAGAGAAACUGGCAUUAUUAAAUCUUGGAUUUUUGCCAAUGGAUUUUUUUUUACCCUUCUUAUUUAUGCGCUUUACUACUGGACCGAAACCAUUGACUUCUGGACUAAUGAUAUUUUUACCAAGGUUACUGACAAAUUGUUUAUUUAUUCCAAUUAUUCAUUUCAUACCGCAUUUUCGAAUGAUUUCAAAUGAUACCUUAAUGAUGAAUAAUUCGAAUAUGACAACAUUAAAUAAUUACACAACCAAUAAUAUUAAUAAUAAUACAAUUAUUCUAAUGAAAGAUAAACCAACUUAUUCAUUUCCAUUGAUAUUCUAUGCAAUAAUAAUAAGUGGCUUCCUUUUGGAUAAAAUUACAUCAACAAUUAUAUAUGUACAGUUUCAUGCGUUUCAUGCCAAAAUAAGUGAUCCGAUUAUUGGAGGAACCUAUAUGACAUUAUUGAAUACUGUAGUAAAUCUUGCUGGUGCUUUAGGAACUACUGUCUCUCUCGCUCUAAUAGAGCGUUUGACAAUUCAUUCAUGUACGAAAAAUGCCAGUCAUUCUGGAAUACAUACAAACACUAGUGGGAUAUUUUUAAAUAGUUCAUUGGCUACUGAAAAUACCACUUGCUAUGCUUUAGAUGGAAAUAACAGAUGAAUGUUGGAUAACUGUGGGAUCCAGAACGCGUGAUUCGUCCUAUUCAAGACUCAUCAACUGUAUGCACUUGUACUGGAUCAUAUAAUUUAAAUGAUAACAAUAUACGGGUGUGCGUACCUAAAGGAAGCGUCCAAAAACAAAGUUAAUAAUUGAUUAUUUUGGUAAUCGAGUAACAUAAUUAAAUUGUUUUUGUCUGUACAACUGAAGGUGUUAUUAGGGUUAAUUAAAAUGAUAUUGAAGACUAUUAUAAGUAAAAAACAAAAGAGUUACGAAAUAUGGAUUAGAAGAGGAGAGUGUCUUCUGUUACAAAAGUAUAUGAAAUGAAAAUACUAAUAAUAGAAGGCUAAGGCGAAGACGAAUCCUAUUUCUUUUGUAUAGAAAAAUCCAUAGCUAGCAUUCACUUUUGCCUAGUGGACGAGAAUAUUCACCAACCUGGUUCUAAAACAGUGGAAAGAUAGUGGUUAAGGUUUCCGUCUUUGAUCAUUUAAUUGUCUGGAAUUAUUGAACUUACCCUUAACCCUGAAAUGAACAUGUUGGCACUGUAGUUUGUGGACGAAAUAAUGGAACAUCUUUUGUUUUUUGAGCAAAAUUCAUAUAUAAAUAUGGCUACAGAGCAUGUUUACAUUAUAGGUGAUGUCAAUUCGUAAUGAGAACACUAAUCUUUAACCCUUGAGUGAUCAGUCCGAACUAGGACUCAGAAAAACCUCUUUUAAUUCUUUUACAGGUUUGAAAAGAUGGAAAAUCUGUAUCUGUAUUACAAGUUCAUAUAUCGUUAUUGUUUUGGUGUACAGUCAGAGUAAUCUAUAGAAGACAAUUAUAGGUUUACUAAUUGUGUAAAAUUAGUUUACACUUUACAAUAUUAUUGUUUUCUUUCCCAUAAAAUGCCCAUUUAUAAAAGAUGUUUUAUUGCAAACUUGCUGGGAAUUCGUAACGGUUAUUACCAUAAUAUGACUAACUUAGGUCAUUAAGUUCAACAAACAUAAAAAGUAAUCAUGAAGAUAGAUGUGUUUUGUUAAGCUUUUCUAGUUCAAUGUAACACUCACAAACAAAGUGGUAAUUUUUAAAAAUUAAAGUAUUCACUUCUUUGUCCAGAUAACGUCACUAAAAUUUUGUCUUGAAACUCAACACAUUAGUUCUUACAUUUCGUCACUUUUAAUGUAACAGGAAAGCAACAGUUUUCGGUAACUGUAUGUAUACCAAAUUGUUGAGAAUCAUGAUAUUUACAUGCAUACGAUAUUUUCUUUCAUUAUAUUCACCUAAUUACUUCACUAUUCUUUUUCUUGUUAUGUUUGCAAGAUUUUAAUUAUUACAGGAAAUUGAUUAUAUAUAGAUAGAUAAAUGUCUAUAAACUCAGUGUAAAAUAUCAACUUUAAUUUACUUUACUUUUUCUUUUCAAUUCAAAAUAGACAUGUAUUAAUCCAAUAGAAUCA